UGUUGUUGUCGCCCUCAGUCUAGCGGCAAACAGAGGAGUGGAGUCGCUUCUCCGGCGGAUGAAUGGCAAUGACGGCGGUGAGAGCGGCGGCCUCGGCAGCGGGAGGCCCGGCCUCUUUGUCCCGCUUCAGAGGGGCUCUGGUAGCGGCUGUGCUCGGAGACUGCGUCGGUGGAGAGUUUGAAGGAGCGGAGGAGGUUCCGAUGGAGAGCGUGCUGCAGCAUCUCAGCGGCCUGGAAGAUGAAACCAAAGGGAACUGCAUCCUUGAAUACAGCGACGACACGGCGAUGACGCGUUGUGUGGUCCAGUCUCUUCUGAACCGGUCGGGGUUUGAUGAGCAGGACUUGGCCCGCAGGUUUGCGAAGGAGUACAGCGCCUCGCCGGGCCGUGGUUAUGGUUCUGGAGUGAUCCAGGUGUUGAAGAAGCUUGCCUCCCCUCAGCUCGCCGACGUCUUCCAACCAGCGAGGGAUCAGUUCAACGGUCGGGGCUCAUUUGGAAACGGCGGGGCGAUGAGAGCCGCCCCCUUCGCCUUGGCUUUUCCUGACUUGGUUGAAGUUAAACGGUUUGCUCGUCUGGGUGCCAUGCUCACACACUCCUGCUCUCUGGGUUACAAUGGAGCUGUCCUGCAAGCGCUGGCCGUUCAUCUCUCACUGCAGGGAGCGCUAAAUGUACCUCGGCAGUUCAUAAGCAAGCUGAUCUCUGAGAUGGAAGAAGUGGAGGGUGAGGAGGAGGCACUUCGUGAUGCCAGAAUACUAAAAGAAGCAGAAAAGCCAUUCUGUGAGCGUCUCCACAAAGUCAGAGACCUGAUGGACAGAAGUAAAGUCAGUAUAGAGGAAGUCAUCUCUGAACUCGGAAAUGGCAUUGCAGCGCUACACUCUGUCCCCACUGCUAUCUUCUGUGUCCUCCACUGCCUUCAGCCAAAGGAUUACCUUCCAGAGAAAUAUGGUGGCCUGGAGAGGACAAUAGCAUACAGUUUGGCCCUGGGAGGUGACACAGACACCAUAGCAUGCAUGGCCGGGGCCAUCGCCGGGGCCCACUAUGGCAUCGAGGCCGUUCCUCAGUCGUGGAUGAGGUGCUGUGAAGGAGCGGAGGACGCUGACGUGAAUGCAGAACGGCUUCACUCCCUUUAUCACCAGACAACACAAGGGGACAGAGGUGAGACACGGAGAGAGAGCGGUGAGGACAAUUUGGAGUCAAACAGAUCAAAGAAGAAAAGCAGAGAGGACUGAUGUCAGAAAAGACAACUUCAUUGUGUUUGGAUCCAGCCAGUGUUAAGAACUGUUAAGUUGGCGUAGAAAAGUGCUUGUUCUUAAACCUUUCACUUGUUUUUUUUUAUUUUCAAGUGACUAAGCACAAAUGCAAAUCAAGGUUGCAUAUAAGCUGGAAAAUGGUUAUUGUAAACUCAUUUGUCCUGAUCAUAUUCUCUUUAUUAAUUGGUUAUUAAACAUUUUCAAAUUCCA